AGCCCAGCAGGCAGCAGUGAGGCUGUCUUAGGGAGCAGGAAUGUGAGCUCAGCCGUCCUGCAGUGCAGCUGCUCUCUGGGCUUUAGCCAGCGUGUCAGAGCAGCCUGAGCUCUGCUCCUCCUUUCAUAGGUUGUCAGGGCAGUGUGCUGGCGUGGUGUGAAGCCUGUUUUGGCAGAGAGCACUGGGCAGGGAAGGUGAAUUGGCAACAGGCUGCCAUGGAGUAUUGUGAUCAUACAGGAGAGCUGGAAGGGACCCUCCCCCUGCAAGCUUAUGUCCCAGCUGCUGGAGGAUCCUUCCCUGCUCAUGCUCUGGCUGUAGCCCUCUUUCCUUGGUGGUUUCUGCUUAGGCAGGAAGAGCUUGUUUGAACCUGCAGUGCUGUCAGCCCCAGUGAGGUGGUGCUUGGCUUUCUGCUCCUGCUUGCUCAGCAGGUUGUGGUUUAUUUUGUUGGGUAGUGUGAGGGCUCUGCAGAACCACUCAGGGCAGUGAAACAGCUGUAAACUUACAAUGUGAGGAUUUGUGGGAGUUCUGCUUGUAGCUGUGCAGGGCCUGGGCCACAGUGCAAAUCAGAUGUUGGCUUUUCUUACAAGCCAGAGAGGCUCUGGGCAGCUCUGGGGGUUGCAGAGAUCUGGAGAGAUGUGUCAGCCUCUGUGGUGGGAGGGUUUCUGGGUGACUUACAGGAGUUUUGUGAUAGGAACCCUCAGCAGAAAUUUUCAAACCUUGCUCCUUUCCCUGCUCUUGCUUAAAUGACAAGGUGUAACUAACUCACAAGACUGUUAUAUUUCUUGAUUUGGAUAUAUCCUAGUUAUUGCCUCUUCCCAUUUGGCUCUGCCAGGCAGUGCUGUGGCAGUGCUGGGGGCCACCUUGGCUGAUGGACAAACAGCCUUUGGAAGUGACCGCAGGAGAGACUCACAUGCUGUCCUGCCACCAGUGCACACCUCUGUAGAGAGACUUCAUCACUGCUGCUUCAGCAGUGUUUGUCACUGGUCUCUUAGUUCUAUGUCUCCCUUCCUGUCAGGUAGGACCCUCUGUUUGUAUGGCUUUUGGAGUUUCUAAGGUUUAGCCAGCUAAUCCUGCUUUUAGGGGUAGAAAAGAAUCCAUAAAGAACAAACCUGGGUUGCUGCCGACACGCCGAUUUCUUUGCAGGAGGAAAGGAGGGAGGUGAAUCCUCGAGUUGAGAGGAAGCAGGGGCCUGGUUUUCCCCUCCCCUGCAGUUGCUCAAUCCAGGCUCAGAGCAGCAGCUGCCCUGCCUGUCCCUGGAGUUGGCCUCAGCUUCACGGGCAAUUGCAGCACCACUGUAAAUGUUUAACGCCAUUGCCGCGGUUCCUGGGGCGACGCGGGGCUCGUGUUUCCAGCAACAAGCUGAGGGACGUCCCUGAGCGGCGGCGGCCCCGGGGCAGGGGCGGGCUCUGGCAGCGCUCCGCGGUGCGCUGGGCGUGCGGGGGCCGGAGCUGCAGCGGGUGCAUGAGGCUGUGGGGGCGCGGCCGGGCCCGGGCCGGAGGGGCCGCGGGGGCGCUGCCGGGGGCUCGGGGAAGGGCCCGUCCUCAGCCGCCGCUUCCCGCAGGGCUGCUCCUCUCCGGUGUAAAUACUUGUACAAAGAGCUGAGCAAUAAAGCGCUGACGGCACGACUGUGGCUCCCGCCUCUGCUUCCCGCCGCUCCUCCUUCCCCCUCACAACCCCGCCGCCAUCGCCGGAAGUGACGCCAGCGGCGCGGGCGGAAGCGCGGGGCGCGCGGUGAGGGAGGCAGCAUGGCGGCGGCGGGCGCGCACCGGCCCGGGCCGCUGAAGCAGCAGAACAAAGCGCACAAGGGCGGGAAGCACAGCGGAGCGGCCCAGCGCCGCGCCGGAGGCCGCGUCGCCGUCAAGGCCCAGGCGCGGCGGCGGCUCCGCGAGCUCAGCAGGGUGGACCGGCGGCACCAGGCGCUGCAGCUCCGCCGGCAGAGCAGGGAGGCGGUGCUGGUGGAGAAGCGGAGCCUGGGCAGCAGGGAUGGGCCCCCACACCUCGUGGUUCUGGUGCCACUGCACAGCAGGGCUGCAGCCCACGACACGCUGCAGCUGCUGCAGAGCCAGGACGCGGCUGUUGUCCGUGUGGGUGAGGGGAGAGCUGAUGACUUUGCACUCCUCUGCCCCCGCCUCAAGCAGCGCUGGCGCUUUGUGACGGCACAGGCAGGGGACCUUCAUGCUGUGUUAGACCUGGCAAAGGUUGCUGACUCCCUGCUGUUCAUCCUGGAUCCUGCAGAUGGCUGGGACAGUGCUGGGGAGCACUGCCUCUCCUGCCUCUUUGCACAGGGGCUCCCCACCUACGCUCUCGCCGUCCCUGGGGUCACCGACUUGCCACCUAAGAAGCGGAUAGAUGCCAGGAAGAAACUUGCCAAAGCCAUUGAGAAGCGUUUUCCAGAGGCCAAGCUCUUCCCCCUGAGCACGGAGCAGGAGUCCUGCCUGCUGCUCAGGCACCUCUCUGCCCAGAAGCAGCGGCACCUCGCUUUCCGGGACAGACGCGCUUACCUGCUCGCCACCGCCGCUGAGUUUGUGCCCAGUCAGGAGAGUGACCUGGUUGGGACCUUGAAGGUGUCUGGUUUUGUCAGGGGACAGACCCUGAAUGUCAACAGCCUGGUGCAUAUCGUGGGGCAUGGAGACUUCCAGCUGAGUCAGGUGGAUGCCCCCCCUGACCCCUUCUCUUUGAACCCUCGAGUGGUUAAAGGACAGAAGAGGAGUCAGGACAUGGAGGUGCAGGAUGACUCUGUAAAUGGCACUGAUGACAUGGAGGAAGAUGUUAAGGUCCUGAUGAAGCCAGACCCAACCAAGCAGGAGUCUUUGCAGUCAGAAGUGGUUCCUGAUCCUAUGGAAGGGGAGCAGACGUGGCCUACUGAAGAAGAACUGCAAGAAGCAGAGGCUUCUCUAAAGGCAAACAGGAGGGUGGUGAAGGUCCCCAAAGGCACCUCCAAGUACCAGGCUGCCUGGAUUGUGGAUGAUGAAGAAGGUGGCAGCGAGAAAGAUGAUGAUGACAUCGAUGAUGAUAUGAUGGAAGAGGCAGCUUCCCAGGAGGGGGAAAGCAGUGAGGAGGAAGAGCAAACUGCAGAGGAGGAGUGUGAGACUAUGAGCAUUUCCGAGUGCUUGCGGGACGAGCAGUAUGAUGACAAGGUGGAAGAAGAUGAACAGAUGCUGGAGAGAUACAAACAGGAGAGGAUGGAUGAAAUGUUCCCAGAUGAGGUGGACACACCACGUGAUGUCCCUGCCAGAGUCCGGUUCCAGAAGUACAGGGGGCUCAAGAGCUUCCGGACUUCUCCGUGGGACCCCAAAGAAAAUCUCCCAAGAGACUAUGCCAGGAUUUUCCAGUUCCAGGACUUCUCCCGAACCAGGAAGAAUCUCUUCCGGCAAAUAGAGAAAGAGGAGACCGAAGGAGCCUCGGUUGGCUGGUAUGUUACACUUCAUGUCUGCAACGUCCCAGUGUCAGUGAUGGAGAGCUUCAAAGAAGGGAAACCCCUAGUCCUCUUCUCACUGCUUCCCCAUGAGCAAAAGAUGUCUGUGUUGAAUUUCCUGGUGCGUCGGCAUCCAAGCAACAGCGAGCCCGUGAGGGCCAAGGAGGAGCUGAUCUUCCACUGUGGCUUCAGGCGCUUCCGAGCAUCCCCCCUGUUCUCCCAGCACACCUCAGCUGAUAAGCACAAGCUGGAGCGUUUCCUGCGUCCGGAUGCAGCUCUGGUGGUGACUGUUUACGCUCCCAUCACUUUCCCUCCUGCCUCAGUGCUUCUUUUUAAACAGAGAAGUAAUGGAAUGCAUGACCUCAUUGCCACGGGUUCUCUGCUCUCCGUGGACCCCGACAGGAUCGUCGUCAAGCGGCUGGUGCUCAGUGGCCAUCCUUUCAAGAUCUUUGCUAAGACAGCUGUGGUGCGAUACAUGUUCUUUAACAGAGAGGAUGUGAUGUGGUUUAAGCCAGUGGAGCUGAGGACAAAGUGGGGUCGUAGAGGACACAUCAAGGAGCCGUUGGGGACCCAUGGUCACAUGAAGUGCCACUUCGACGGGCAGCUGAAGUCCCAGGACACAGUGCUGCUGAACCUCUACAAGCGCGUGUUUCCCAAAUGGACUUACGACCCCCACGUUCCACAGCCUGUGCCAUGGGUGAGGAGUGAGAGUGUGCUGCCAGUGCAGGAGGUGGAAAUGGAAUAAGC